AUGGGGAGUAUAGAAGAUAUUCAGUAUCUCAUGGAGAACAGUAUCGAAGAGAGCUACAUGUACAAUGUAAAUUCGAGUACUCGUGACAGACGUACUUGGCCUUAUCCUAACCAGUAUCAGAUCACUUUCGAUUCGCCUUUCCGUCAAGUCAUCGGCAUAGAUGUCGUGGAUGCAACGAUUCCUAGGACGCAAUACAGCGUCGAUGAAGUGAAUAACAGUCUCGUCGUAGAUGUUGGCAAUGGACCGGAGAUCAUCCAGAUUGCAAACGGAGAUCAUACGGACACCUCGCUCAUCGCUGCUCUGAAUGACAAACUAUCUCUACGUGGCAUCACUACGGUAGCAGAAUCGAACCCGCCAGAGUUGCGUAACAUGCUGAAAUUCACAUCUCCGACGCCAUUUCACUUUCUCAUGGGCUCUUCGACCAUACGCGCCGUCCUGGGAUUCGAUGAGGAUGCUGCAGGACACGAAUACUUGAACGAUAGGUUCCGCUGCUUGGACCCAUACUCGAGUCCCGGCACGUAUAGCAGCAUAACCGAGAACGAAGUACAAGUGUUUGCUUUCGAGGGACCUCAAGCGGUAGAAUUAGCCAUUCCUUUCGCAGGCCCUAACGGUUCUACAGUCGAGUACAUCGCUCAGAAAUUCGUAGCGACCAAGACGGGUCUCUUGAAAGAGAUCCGCAUCGCCUGCGCGGUCACGAGCGACGCUGAUGAUAGGGUCAUAGAUUGGUUCAUAACCAGCAACGAUCCCGUACAAGAGCAACCCGGUGCGAUUCUCUACUCGGGCGCGCAAAUCCCCGCCUUGAAUUACCCGACCCCCGAUCAGAGCAUAUCCGGGUUCACCACGAGUGGCGACAUAAGUUCGAUCGGAGCGGCGAUAACCGCGGGCGUCGAAUACUGGCUGGUGUAUUCUUGUUCGACUACGGUCGGAGAGGUGGAUCUGUACUAUGGCACGCCCAUCAUAGCCAGUGCAAAUCAACUUCUCUACUCUACCGACGGAAGCACUUGGACCAACGCGGCCGUUUCGGGUCAGGACAUAACGAACAAGAGCGUCGUCAUGACCGUAGUGGUCUCUCAAGGAACGCAGACCAUCCAGGCUCCUGGUAUAUUGAAUCUAGUGGGAGACUCGUACUGCGUGCUUAGAAUUCCGGAGAUCGAGUCCCACAUCUACAAAGGCCGCUCUUACGAGAAGCACAGCUUCGGACUUGCGCUGUUCAAACUGGCCGUAGUGGGUUAUGCCACGUCCCGCUUCGAUUACUCGAGCGUGCCUUACAGGAGAUUCCACCCGAUAGGACAACUGAGUUCCAUGACGCUGAACUUUUACAGACCCAACGGGGAGCAGCUGUACAUGUUUCACGGCGUGAAUCACAACCUGAUCAUGGUAGUGAGGUACCUCAUCCCGAAGAUGAGGGGGCAUUUCGACGACAAGGUCUUGAACCCCUUCUACGAUCCAGAUCCGCUGCGGAGGCUUGAUGGCUUACACGGGGACGAGAGCGAUUCGGCCACGUCCGAGGAAGAACUAGAUUCGGAGAGCGAAGAUGAGUUAGAGAUGGCAGGACCCAAUGCCAUCCAUAGAUACGAAGCACCGAUGUAUUCAGCAGACGCGGACCUGGUUGGUCUGCAGCGGGGGGCUGGUCUGAGGGCUUGUCUGCGGCUUGGGGCUGAUCAGAGGAGGUGGAAUCUGCAGCUGGUUCGUCCGCAGUCGGGGGCUGAUCAGAGGGCGUGGAAUCUGCAGCUGGUUCGUCCGCAGCUGGGGGCUGGUCGGAGGGGGUGGAAUCUGCAGCUGGGGAGGCCGUUGAUUCGGACGCGGGCUGAUCUGCAGCCGAGGACUGGUCUGAGGGCUUGUCUGCAGUUGGCUGGUCCGCAGAUGGGGCCUGAUCAGAGGGGGUGGAAACUGCAGCUGGUUCGUCCGCAGCCGGGGGCUGAUCGGAGGGCUUGGAAUCUGCAGCUGGUUGGUCCGCAGCCGGGGGCUGAUCAGAGGGCGUGGAAUCUGCAGCUGCUGGGGCCUGAUCGGAGGGGGUGGAAUCUGCAGCUGGUUGGUCCGAAGCUGGGGGCUGGUCGGAGGGCGUGGAAUCUGCAGCUGGUUGGUCUGCAGCUGGGGGCUGAUCGGAGGGGGUGGAAUCUGCAGCUGGCUGAUCCGCAGCCGGGGGCUGAUCAGAGGGCGUGGACUCUGCAGCUGGUUGGUCUGCAGCUGGGGGCUGAUCAGAGGGCGUGGAAUCUGCAGCUGGGGAGGCCGUAG